AUGCCGGAAGAUUGUGCUGAGCUGAUGAGAUCGGGGAAGAACGAGAGUGGAGAGUACGUGAUACAGCCGCGUUUCUCUGACGAGGCGUUUCGUGUGUACUGCGACAUGGAAACCGACGGUGGUGGAUGGACCGUCUUUCAGCGAAGGCAAGAUGGCUCAGGGGAUUUCUACAGAAGCUGGGACUCGUACAAGUUCGGAUUCGGAAACAUGAACGGAGAACAUUGGCUAGGCAACGACCGACUGAGCGCUCUCACUACCCCCGUACCGAUGCAGCUACGAAUCGAUCUGAGAAGAUUCUCGGGCGAGACGCGCUACGCCACGUACGAUGUUUUCAGCAUCGCUUCAGAGAGGGCGCUAUACAAGAUGAACGUCGGCAUGUACCACGGCACUGCGGACGACUCGAUGAUAUCUGCUCAUCAUGGAAAGAAUUUCAGCACUCCGGACCGGGACAACGACACCCACGAGACCGCACAUUGCGGUGAAAGAUACAAGGGCGGUUGGUGGUACGGGGCCUGCCACCAUUCGAACCUGAACGGACUCUACGGAGAGGACAACUCGAAGGGAGUCGUGUGGUACACCUGGCCCGGUCACUCCGAGGCACUCAUGAGCACAGAAAUGAAAGUGAGACCCGUGCAAUACGCCCUCCAUUGAUCGCGGAUGCUUGGCUGACUGCGAACCCGGGGCUCAGUGUCGGAAUAUGACAGAGU